GUUUGGGUUAGUACUAGUAGCUGCCUUCGCGCCUUUGCCCUUCCAACUCGAACUUGAAGAAUUGGAUCGCACUUCAACUUCAAGCUGCAUGAACGUUAAUAAAUGGUGGCUCCCCACCAGCUGCCACAAGGAAAAGCUGUGCUUCCACGCAAUUGGCAUGCCACAUGCACGCACAAAGGAGGACAGCAGCUGAGGAGCCCCUAGGAUCUCAGCAAGAUGCCUAGCAAUCCGUCAAAGGAAGAGGUGGCAGGUCUGCUGGCACCCCCUUCGUACGAAAGGAGCAUUCUGGCGCCCCUCAGCCUUGAAGGCCCUGAUGUGGUGGUGCAGAAGAAGUCUUCCUACUCUCGUUACCUGGUUCUUGCUGGUGCCUUCCUCUUGUCAGCAAUCAUCUGUUUAGCAAUUUUCAGCUCAGCAUCUGCUGAGCUGUCCGCCACUAUCUUGCCGUCCGAGCUGUCAGGCAAGUUGCAGGACUGGAAGCAGAGCUUGCGGGCCAGGAAUGUGACGUUGCCGGAGGAAAGUGACGGUGAAGAUGGAGACAUGCGGAAUUGCCCGGCGUGGUUUAGCAGUCUUCGAGAGGACUUCAAGCCUUGGAGUGACAAAGGAGGGAUCACCAUUCAGGACGUAGAAGCUGCGCAGCCAAUUGCUGCGAGUCGCUUCCAGAUCUUGAAUGGCAGCUUGUAUAUGGAAAACUUCCACCACUGCUUCCAGUCACGACUGCGCUACUCGCUCUGGGGCCUUCUGAUGCUUCUCCGCAAGUACCCCGGAUCUAUUCCUGACGUUGACUUCAUGUGGGACUGCGGCGACGACCCAAAGGCGUUCAGACCAGCCGACCCUGGAGACCCAAUCCCCUUCCUGUUCAACUUCUGCAAGCUGGCCCAUAGCAUCGACGUGCCCUUUCCUGAUUGGUCCUUUUGGGGCUGGCCUGAGCUCCAAAUUCUACCGUGGCAGAACCAGAGUGUCAAAAUCGCACAGGGGGGGGCGGAUGCUGGGGCAUGGCGGCAGAGAAAACCAACGGCGUUCUGGAAGGGCAACGUCUGGGUGGGUUAUGGCUUGACCCAAAACCUGCGACUGGAGCUGACAGAUUGUAGGAGAGACCCUGUCUGGGAGGUGGAAGCAUAUGGGCAGGAUUGGGGGGCCGAAGUAGCAAAUGGGUUCCAGUACUCACGUCAAUGGCAGCAGUGUGGCUGGAGAUACAAAGUGUAUGCGGAGGGCAACGCGUGGUCCGUCAGCUCCAAGUACGGUUUUGCGUGCGGGUCCACGAUGCUCGUCAUAGAGCCGUACUUCGAGGCGUUUUACAGCCGGGGCAUGGCGUAUGGCCACAACUGCCUCUUUGUGCGGCGGCGGCCCCUCUGUGAGGCGCUUAAGGAGCAGAUUGAUUGGGGAAACGAGCACGAAACGGAGGCGGAGGCGAUCGGGCAGGCGGGGCAGAAGUGGAUCCUCGAGGACGUCAGAAUGGAGCACGUGUACGAGUACAUGCUGCACCUGCUGCAAACGUAUGCCGCGUUGCAGACAUUUACGCCCGCGAGAUCAUCGGGCGCUCGGCUGGUCACAGAAGCCGACAUUUUGAGCGAAGCGCCGCCUCACGAGGUGUCGGAGUAUCUACUGCAAGAAACAGUGGCCACAAGGCCGUUGUGCAAACUGGUAGACGAGAAGGUAGGGGCCUCAAUUGAAGGGGGGCGUAAAUUAUCACAGGUGCAGGCUGCACUUAGAGCAGGAAGAUUUGGUCGUGAAAGGGCAAACCAAGUCGAGUUGGUGUCCGAAAGAGACGGUAAGGCUGGAACUAACAGAAGGAGCAGGGCAUGGCAUAUGCUAGAAUCGACGUGGUUGUCUUGGCUGAGAACGCUGGACGACAAUAUUUCUCGGUUCUUCGGGAAGCAGAAUCUACGGACUUGACAAGGAAUUGUGCGCACGCAGUGAGACAUGCGAGCAAUGUACCCGUGACAUCCUUUCUGUAUCGAUC